CAGCUCUUCAGCAGCGUCUGAAUCACAGACACCACCGAGUCUACGCGGAUUUAGUGCCACAAAAACGCGUCCCCUGCAACCACAACCGCGAUAUCUGAUAGCCAUCUGUAUCGGUUAAAAGAAAAGAUUGUGAUAAAUUAAAAACGGUCCGGUUAGAUUUAAAAAGGAGGCGUCUGCGCACAUCGGCAGCCGUUAGCGGACUGAGCUAGCCGCAUCGCGCGACGCAUAUCGCCCGCGAGACUUCGGGCUGAAUAACUGUGCGCUUUAUUAUCCUCAUCCACAUCAAUUAAACUGAACGGUGCAUCAGAAUCGCAGCGGGUUCGGCGGAGCUGUCCGGCUCUUGCUCGCACUGCAGGCCUGGGUGUGGGUGCGGAGAAUGCUAAAGGAUGAGUCAGAGGGACACCCUGGUUCAUCUGUUUGCUGGAGGCUGUGGUGGCACUGUAGGUGCAAUACUGACAUGUCCUUUGGAGGUGGUGAAGACGAGGCUACAGUCUUCUUCGGUGACUCUUUACAUCUCUGAGGUUCAGCUCAGCACUGUGAAUGGGGCCAGUGUGGCCCGCGUGUCCCCACCGGGGCCUCUGCACUGUCUCAAGUUAAUACUGGAGAAAGAAGGUCCUCGCUCACUCUUUAGGGGGCUAGGGCCCAACUUGGUGGGAGUGGCUCCAUCCAGAGCAAUUUAUUUUGCUGCCUACUCCACAGCCAAAGAGAAGCUGAACAAUGUAUUCGAUCCUGACUCCACACAGGUGCACAUGCUGUCCGCUGGUUCAGCAGGGUUCACUGCCAUCACAGCAACCAACCCGAUCUGGCUUAUAAAGACUCGAUUGCAGCUCGAUGCCAGGAACCGAGGAGAACGGCGCAUGAGUGCAUUUGAAUGUGUCCGGCGGGUCUAUCAGUCAGAUGGGUUACGGGGAUUCUACAGGGGCAUGUCUGCUUCUUAUGCUGGCAUAUCAGAGACUGUCAUCCACUUUGUCAUCUAUGAAAACAUUAAACGCAAACUCAUUGAGUCCAAGGCCAACGCUAACAUGGAUGACGAAGAUGAAUCUGUAAAAGAUGCUUCGGACUUUGUCGGAAUGAUGCUGGCUGCUGCCACAUCCAAGACUUGUGCCACCUCAAUUGCUUAUCCUCACGAGGUUAUUCGUACCAGACUACGUGAGGAGGGCAGCAAGUAUCGUUCGUUCUUCCAAACUCUAAAUAUGGUGGUCCGGGAGGAGGGUUACAGAGCAUUGUACCGAGGCCUCACUACUCACCUGGUCCGACAGAUCCCUAACACUGCUAUAAUGAUGUGCACCUAUGAGCUGGUGGUCUACCUGCUCAAUGGCUAACAGAUGGAGAGAGACCAGGAAAGAGAGGGAGAGAGACGAACAGGGUGAGAAAGCAAAAGCUAGACGGAGACCGAGAGAGAGAUUGUCCCAGGCUUAGACCAAAGGAAGUAGAACAAAUCCUAGAAACGCAUUGCCAACCCAGACCCCCAAAGUGGGGCUAUAGUCUCCAAGUCCGACUGGAGAGCGUUUCAAAAAAGUACGAGCGAUGGUGAACAGAUACGCUAAAGCUGUCUGUCCAUGUGUUUCAAAAUGUUUUACGAAAAGUCCAUUUUGAAAGGACAAUCAAAGAGGAGAAUGCUUGAAGAAAAAACAAAAGCCUGAAUUGGCUAGGAAAAAAAAAGCUCUUUCAAGAAUAAUUUUAUCUGAGCCAUUGUUUUAAUAAAAGAAAAACAAACCUGUCAAGAUCUGAAAUGACUGAAGGUCUUUGAAGGAGAAAAAAAAAAAAGGAAGCACAAGAAAAUGUUUUUCAGAUGUGGCACAAUAGCACUACUGUAAAUGUUUUUCUUAGUUCACCAUUUCAAAAAGAUGACGUUUUGCCUUUCCAGAAUUUGUUCAUUCAAGCAUUCUCCUCUUGAGGUCACCUUCCACUCUUUCCAAACUGGCAGAUGGUUGUCCGCGCACAAAUGUCCAUUUGCUGUUGUUAAAUUGAUGGUCACAUGAUCCGUGGCCCCUCAUGUGCUUCAAACUGAAGUGUUUCUUCGUUAGGUUCAUGUUAAGUUUAACCAUACUUAUUUUGUGUGUGUUUUUUUUCGAUGAUCAUACCGUUGUCCUAAUAUCAGUAUAGUAUAUACUUUGGGGUGGUAUUUUUGAAUUGGGAGAUGUUGUCCUGCUUGCGUCACUGGGCCUAUUUUAACUGAGAUGGAGCGUUCUCCAGUUUAUCGCCACCGUUCACUGCUGCAAAGCCUCUACUUGAAUCCCAGGUGUCGGCAAGAGCCAGAGAUGAAUUUACUGAUGGCUAAAUGGUAGUGACUAAAGCUAACCCUGAGCAUGUUGCCUACAAACAACAUGCCAUGUCGUGACGACAUUAUACGUCGUAAGGCAAUAGUCAUUUUUCCACUUUUGAGUGGGAAUACAAGCCGCAGAAUUGUUUCCCACCCUACGGAUUCCUCUAACAGUGGCUUCUGACUGACCGUUUAUGCACUUUGUGGCCUGUCUAGGCUUGCGCAAAUCUUUUUUUCUUUUCCUGUUUGGAACAAUUUUGAUCUUGUAUUGUAAAGCAUAGUAUUACUAUGUUAACAAGACAGUGUUUUGCUGAACAGUUCCCUUUGAAGUUAUUGUACAGUUCAGUGUACUAAACUUUUAGUGAAGGAUAUUCUUGUAUGUGUAUAUACUGUAUGUAUGCAUAUCAAAUAUCCAGUGUUCAUAACUUAAGUCCACUGAUUAUGCAGUAGUAUUAUUUGAAUGACUGCAUUUGUUUGAUAGAUUUAUCACAGAAGGAUGAUGUGAAACUCAUUUGGUUGAAUGUUAUCUUUUUUUUGUUUUUAUAUCAUUUUGUUUAUCACUCCUCAUUCUGGCCCUGGACUCAUUGCUUGAAAAGGAGUCACAAUUUUUUUUUUUUUUCUCCUUU